AUGUCGCCACAAACCGAUCUCGCCGUUGCUCCCGCGACAACUUCAAAGGGCCGAUUUGAGCUUCCCGCCCUCGACUUCAAGUUCGGUUCUCUGACCGACGGCACCGACAUCCCCCCACCGCUGCCGUCCCCGAUACAGGAAGAGGGCGCAGGCCCAACUCCACCAGACACGCCGAGAAAGGCGGCACAAAAGAAGUUAGAAGGGAAAGACACGGCCAGCGGCAAACCAUCGCCAAUUUCUACGGCAGGCAUCAAGCGACGUGCCGAAGAUAAUCCUGCUUCCCCAACCCUUUCCACUCGACCUGGGAGCAUCCGUCGGCUGUUCAGCCGGAACCUCUUGAACGCCGCAUACGCGAAUGGCAAUGAGCCCGCUCAAAAUAGUCGGCCACCAAGCCGUAGUGGUUCCAUCAUGACCGACGCGAAGAAAGCGAGGCGAUCGAGUGGCUGGUUUGGCCGGUUGCGAGGCAGCGAACCCGCCCAGAACAAAGUUGUAGCAGCGCCUCUUUCGCCGCCAGUUACACAAGAAAGUCAAUCAACGGGUCCGCCGCCGCCGAUGAUUCCGGAGCUCACCGAGCUGAACACCAAACUGGGGAUCCAAAACCCCACCAGCAUGGCAGCCUUCAUUCCCUCCUCGCGGAUGGCCCUCCGUCCGGGUCCCGCCGCUCGUUGCAACCUUCUUCCUCUCUCCCACCACGCCAGCCGCCCCAUCAUCGGAAUCCAACGUCUAUCACCAGCAAGUCUCAAUAACCCCCCCACCAGAGCCGCCUCAUCAACAACCACCGCCCCACCACACGAACCACCUUCUGCUACCGCCCCCUCAUCAGGGCCAUCCGGAGUCCAAGCCAGCGCCCUCAUCUACACCACCCCAGGCAACCCCUCCGACGUCCUCUCCCUCCACCGCUUCACCAUCCCCAACACCGCAACCAGCAGCAGCAGCAGCACCGCCCUCCCCCCACACGCCGCCAUUCUCCGCACCCUAGCCGCGCCCAUCCAUCCAUCAGAUGUGAACACCAUCCAGGGAACGUAUGGUAUACGUCCUUCCUUUUCACGGAGUGUCCUCGGUAGCACUCUCCGCAACGGUACGGCGGGAGAAGACGACGAGGGGGGUUUACUGUCGGUACCAACACCGGCAGCUGUACCCGGAGGAGAGGGAUGUUUCGAAGUGCUGAAACUCGGCGAAGGGGUGAAAGGCGCAGUCGGCCGCGCAGCAAUCCAACUCGGCCGGUAUAUGGGCCUACGCAGCAUCAACCUCUUCCGACCGCGGGACACACCCGAGGCCACCGAAACCCUCCGGCAGGAACUCCUCGAUCUUGGUGGGACACACGUCCUGACCUACGACGAGUUCCUCGACACAAAAAGCAGGAGCAGCACCGGCGGCGGCUCUCGCAUCAGAGAAUGGACGCGGGACGGCGCAGACCCGGUACGCCUCGCGCUGGACGGGAUUGGCGGGCCCAGCGUUAUGCGAAUGAUGGAUUGUCUGGGGGACAAGGCGUGUUUGGUCAAGUAUGGUGGGAUGGGGUCAGGGUAUAUACGGUUGCCGACGGGGCGGGCGAUUUUUAAUCGGCUGAGGGUGCAGGGGUUUUGGUUGGCGCCGUGGGCGAGGGAGAAUCCGGAGGAGAUGGAUAGGACGGUGAUGGAGAUUGUGGAGUUGAUGAAGGUUGGGAAGUUUACGGUUGGGGGGUAUCGGGGGGUGAGAUGGGGGGGGGAUACGGAGGAGGGGCCGUUGAGGGAUGCGGUGGGCGAGGCGAUGACGCCGUUCAGGGGUAAGAAGUGUGUUUUUGUGUUUGAUGAGUGA